AUGGCGCGUUUCUCGACCGCACGGUCCUUCCGCACAGCGUUUCUCAUUCUGUUGUCUCUCGCGUCUCUCGCACCGACCGUCGUCCUCGUCGUUGCGGGCUCGUCCAACGGCGACGCCUCAAGCGCGGCUCCUCGAGGCCUCUUUCAAGGGCGGCUUCCUCUCAAGGUGCUGUCGGUGCUGCCAGCCGUGUCCGAAUCCGGCGGCCGAACCCGAGGAGGAUCAGGAGGUACUGCUACAGCCGCUUCAGCAAGAAUCAGCGGCACGGACCCCAUCCAGGGUUCAGCCGUGCCAAUCCCAAGCCUCACCUGUCUCUUGUCCCCCACUCCUCACGUGCACCCCCGCCACCCUUCACCUGCGCCUGAUUCCUUCAGUUUACUUGCUUCCCCAGCCCUCACAUGCCCUUACGCAUACUCCGUGUUCCGUGUGCCCAUCUCUCCUCCCCACCAGGUGGUGUUCAACCGCGCUGUCAUUGCGCUAGGCAGCGACUCUAGUGUUGAGGCGCCUCCGAACCAGACUCACGUGCCCUUAUGCAUACUCAUACUCCGCAGCGACUUUGGCUUCGAUGCCUCUCAGAUUGGGGCAGAGGGGGAAGAGGGGGAACCAGGCAGAGCUGGGGGAAGGGCACGGGCAGCAGGAGCAGCAGCGCUGCAGUGGGGCCUGCCCCCCUCGCUGCUGCCAUUCUCCCUGGGGUGUAAGGGCGUGGACAGCGUUGCUGGUCGGGCCAGAUGGGUGACGUCGUUUGUGUUCCGCUUUGACCCCCUGGAAGAGUGGCCCUCGGACCUCACCUGCUCGCUCACCUGGAAUGCCAACUUCUCAGCUUUCGAUGGCACCAGCUGGGAUGCAACAUCCCCCCCUCCUGCCCUGCAGCUGCUCACGGAUCCCCUCUCCACGUCGCUCAACAUCGUCUUCUCACCCAUGACCUACGCUGCCACGGGCUCCUGGUCAACGCAGUCAUCCUCCAAUUUGCCAAUUGAAGCCCCUCCUGAUGCACAGUUGCUCCUUUCGUUCUCUUCGCUCGUAGACAUCAACCUACUACCCAAACUCAUUCAGCUGCGCACCAAGGCCAACAAGGUGGUGCCGGGUGUGACCACCCACGUCAAGCCCUGCCCAUGGGACGUCUACUCCUCCAUCUCCCUCGCCUCCCUUGCUGCUGACUCCACCACCACCGGCACUACCACCACUGGCACCACUAGCAACACCAUCGAUCGCUGUGCAGUCGUGACAUUCACAAGCGCCUCAACUGGCAUAGAAACCUCAGGAAAAGCAGCCGUAGCAGCAGCCGUGGCGUCUGACUGGAGCAAGGACAGCCUCUCUCUCAGCAGCAGCACUGUGAGCGAGCUUUCCACUGCCGGGUGGGGCCCUCUCCUUCCCGACACUGAUUUCCACGUGGUCAUGCCCCGGGGCAGCAAGUACUACGGCAAGGCGGGCCCUCUCAAGCAGCCGCUCGUGGUGGAAGUGAGAGGCGCGUACCCGUUUAGAAUCACGGCCGAUGGAUCGGAGGAUGGGACAACUCUCAGCAUGGUGUCGCGCAGGAUAACCCUGCCGUUGCCACACGGGCUGCUUUCUCCUCUCUCUGAUCUCAAGUCGUGCCUGAGUCUGCUCCACUCUAGUGCCUCAAAACCUGGAGAUAGCGCUGCUGCUGCUGGUGCAGAAGCUGUGGCAUUUGACCUUUCCCGCCCCUCCAACGGCUCUCUCCUUCUCUCCGCCCCGUUAGAGGCCAAUGCUCGAUAUACUCUCACAGUAACUGCAUGCCCGUCAGUGCGUGACGGAUUCGGCCUGCCUCUACGCGCCUCCCGCAUCGCCAUCACCACCGAGCCCCUAGAACCCUUCCUUGCCUUGGCGCCUCGCUCCCUCGUUCUCCUUGAUGCCUCCACCACCACUGGUAGCACUAACAGUGACAACUCAGGGGCGUGGGACAGGCUCUGGCCUCUCUUUCUGCAGCUUCCGCCAUACCUGGGCUCAGAAAAGCCUCCCCCUCUUGUCCUCGCCUGGCCCGUCACCUCUCUCCCGGUCACCAACACCCCUGCCUCCCCAUCCUCCUCGCUCUUCUCAUCCUUCUCCUCAUCCUCCUCCUCCUCCGCUUCUUCUGCUGCUCUCUCCGUCCCCUGGCUUGCAUCUGGCCCAGCAGCAGAGACAGAGCCAUGGCAGCAGCAGCAGCAGGGCUCCAAAACCUCCUCCUCCUCUUCCUCCUCCCCGUCAGCAUCUUGGUCCGCGUUUGCUGUGACUCCCUGCACUUCAUCCGCCUCCAGUUCCCGCUUCCACUUCAACAGCACCCUGGGAGGCUUCUCCCUCUCCUCGCCUACUCUCAACGGCUCCUCUCUCCUCGCCCCAUCCGGCAUGUUCGCCAUCCGUGGUUCCGGCUGCAUCCACUCGGAUAGAGACAUAAGCACUGAUGCCGACUCUGACGCUGCUGCUGCUGCUGCGGAUGCUGCAGCGGAUGCAUAUGGUGAUGUCCCUGGUCGCUUUGUUGGAGGGGGCAAGAGGCGGGGCAAGCGUGGGGUGCAGGAGCUGUCGCAGCCUUCGGCGGUGGUGGCGGAAACGGAAGUUGCUGCUGUGAUGAUGCAGGCAGGGGAGAAGCAUGCUGUGGUAUGGGUCACAUGGUUGACUGAUGCGAGCCCUGUUGAGGGAGCCACUGUGUCUCUGCUUCCCUCUGCAGACAACAACAAGGUCGUUGGUAGCUCUCCAUUGACGUUGGAUACAGUCAUGGGCAAGACUGACAAAUCCGGCAUUGUGCUGCUGGCUCUUCCAACUGUGCCUCCUGAGUUCUGCGGCAGAGCAUCAGUACAGGCAUCCGUCGCCUAUUCCUCCCGCUCCUCCACUUCCUCCUCUUCCUCCUCCUCAUCCCAGCGUCUCAUGCUGCUCCAAGAUUUCACCCUACCCUGUGGAGGCUAUGAUUCCUCAGAGUCUUCCGCAUCACAGUCCCCUCUGCAUGGAUCUCUAGUGCUGGAUCGCUCGCUGUACCGCCCUGGGGACACUGUGCAUGUCUUUGGCGUUCUCAGACAGCCUGGCCCUGAUGGCAAGCUCCUCCUUCCCAAGCCAUCCGUCCGCCUCGUCCUAAGCUGCAGCCUCCCCAACUCGGAAACCCUCAAGCGCAUCCCCAUCACCAUACACCCGCAAUUCGGCACCUUCCAAGCAGACAUCCCGCUCCCUACCACCACCGAUACCGGCUCUGCUUCUCUCCAACUCGAGCUAGCCUGGCAGGGAGGCAACAACCUGUGGGUAGACGGAUACGCCUCUUUCCAAAUCAGCGACCCCCGGCCUCCUACAGUGACUCUCUCUCUCUCCACCUCUGAUGCUGUGGCGAGGAUUGGGCGGGGGGUGGAGGUGGUGGUUACCACGCGAACAUACAUAGGAGGACCUGUGGCAGGAGAAGAGGUGAAGGUGUCAUGGCAGUUUGCAUAUGACAGGGCUGAGGAGGACGGGGGAGAGGACCUGGGAUGGUCGAUGACCCGUUGGUGGGGAGGAGGAAGAGGAGGAGGAAGAGGAGGAGGGAGUGAGACGGUUUCGUCAGAGGCAGGAGGAUUGGAGGAGGGGAAGGCAGCGGAGUGUAGGGGUGGAAGCGGGAACGGAGGGGCGAAGGAGGCGGGGAGUGGGUAUGUGCGGGGGAAUCGGUUUGUGAGCCGGGUGUGUGAGUCGGGAGUGGUGGUUGUGCGUACCAACAGCAGUGGCGUGGGCGUGGCAGUACUGGAUAUCGAUGCUGCCCUUGCUGACCCCACCAGGACACAGGUGGGAUCUCUCUCCCUCACAGCAGAGUGGGUAGGGCCCACCAGAGAGCUCCUCUCCGACUCCACAACCCUCCCUGUGGCUCUCACGUCCUGGUCCACGCGCGUUGCUCUCUCUGUGCGCGACCCUGUGCCGGGUCAACCCUUUCACGCCUCUGCGCGCCUCUUCUCUCUGCUCGACUCCGCUGCUGCUGCUGGAGGCAUGGAUGAUGAUGCUGUGGGGUAUGGCGGCGAUGUUGCUGUUUCGGACAUGCCAGCGCGUUUUGCUGCUCCUGGUGGUGCUGUUUCCACGAGCACCGGCAGUGGUGGUGGUGCUGCUGCGGGUUCUGCUCCGUCGGUUGUGACGCUGUCGCUGGUGCUGAAUCGCACUGUCACAGACGCCUCAGGAGCAGUUGUCUCAUGGAAAGAACGCAAGGUCUCCUCCUGCAACGUCACUCUACCCUCCACUGCGAGUUCGGACACUGCUUCUGCUGCCACUGGUGCUGCAGCAGGGGCGGCAGGGGCGGCAGGGGCGGCAGGGGCGGAAGGGGUGGGGGAGGUGGUUUCUGGGUGUGCGUUUGUGUUGCCGGAUGUGGGACGGGCUCGGCUUCUCGCAUGCAUCACAGACCAUGAGGGGACGAAGGCAUGCACCUCUAGGCGCAUUGGCAGAACCCUCCAGGAGUGGCAGGCCUGUCCUCUCUUCUCCCUCCCCCCACCCACCGCCACCUUCAACAAGCCCUCCUACCUUCCAGGCGAAACAGCCACGCUCCGAUUCGAGAACCCAUACGAGGGGGCAUCAGCCCUCGUGCAAGUCACAGCCGGCCAGGGAGCCAAGGCUGAGGUGUGGCGGGAGCUGCACAGCGGGCUGGCGCGAGGAAUGGUGGAGCUUCCAGUGGUUGUAGAUGAGAGGUGUGGCGGGAGGAGGAGGGUAUCUGGCAGCACAGGUGCAAGCGCACCUGGGAGUGUGUCUGCUGGGAGUUCACUUGGGAGUGGGCCGCCAGGGUGUGCGGCGACGGUGGUGGUGGUGUCUCCUCGACAGGCCUCUCACCCGUUGCAGGGAGGGGCAGCAGAGAAGGUGCCGACUACUGUGAUUGCUGACCUUGCAGGGCCGUCAUCGUUCACGCUGCACCUGGCUCUCCGCGUCACGCCGACUCCUCCUCCUCGCCUCUCGCUUGACAUUGGAGCGCCCUCAGGCCACGUGUCAGCAGGCAGUGAGGUGGAAGUGGCAGUGCGAGUGACAGGGCUGGACGGGACUCCCCAGGGCCAUGCGCAUGUAUCAGACCCGGACGUGCAGGUGCUGCUCGUGGCAGUCGACAAGGCCUUCCUCGACCUGAUGCCACACCCGCUGUCAGACCCCACGGCUGAGCUCAACCCAGUGACCCAGUUCUACGCAUCGCCCUCCCUGGCUGUGCUGUCUCACGACGCCAUGCUCAAGCCCUCCACCAUCCACGCCCUGGCACAGGCGUACCGCCGCCGGCGCAACAACAACCCCUGGCUGCAGCCGUCUGACUGGAUGGGCAGCAGUGUUCGCUCGCAGUGGUGGAUGGGAGCAGCAGGCGGCUUGCCCUCCUCUCAGGAGCUCUGCUUCAACUCCAUCGCUGAUAACUUCACCCAAGGAGCCGAAGCUGACGGCCCGAUGCUGCACGGCAGGUACGGCAGGGGCCGAGGCAAGCGGGGAUUCGCCAUGGCCACUGCUAUGGCAAUGGACUCAGUCUCUCGAGUGGGUGCUGCUUCUGUCCAGUCCUUUGGUGCUGGAGGUGCUGCGGGGAACGGCGGGGCGAUGAUGAUGCGAGCAGCCAUGCCUAAAAUGGCCGCUAUGGAUGCUCGCCUUGAGUCUUCUUCUAUUGCUGAGAUCGCCCUGAUCGAUGCUCCUGGUGGUGGUUCACGUGACGCUGCUGGUGCUGCUGGUGCUGGUGCUGGUGGUUCUGCACUGGCUCUUGCCAAGAAACGCACUAACUUCACCAUCACUCCUCUCUGCCGCACUGCCACCGCACCCAUCACCACCUCUUCCUUCUCUUCCUCCUCCUCGCCUUCAUCUUCUACCUCCCCCUCCCGUGUUGCCACUGCCACGUUCCGAUUCCGCCUUCCAGACUCCAUCUCCACGUUCGUUCUCCGGGCCUACGCUGUCACCGGAGCCAGCAGCAGGUUCGCAGCAGCGGAGACGGAGCUAGUGGCGUCUCGCCCGCUCGCCCUGGUCCGGUCUGUGCCUCGCAUGGUGCGAGCAGGGGAUAAAUUCACAGCAGGCGUCACAGUCAAUCUCGAUCAAACCCUGGCUGAUUCAAUGCGGGAGGCAGGGGCAGGGAGUGGAGGAGCAGGAGAAGCAGGAGCAGCAGGGGUUGGGGAUGGUGCGAAAGAGGGAGCGGGGAUGCCAGUGACAGUGUCUGUUGCUGUGGUGGCGCCUGUGUCGUCUGAUCCUGCCGAUGGGAGUGGUGAUGCGAUGAGUGGCAGGAGGGGUGUGGUGCAGGUGGUGGGACUGAAUGAGAAAGACGACAAGGUCUUCCCAACGGGCCCUCUGGAGGUGAGGUUCAACCUGGAAGCAUCAGUGGUGGGGGCUGUCGCUCUCUCCUUCACCGUGCAGUCACCCGGCCUUCCUCCUGAUGUGCUGGUGGUGCCACUGCAAGUGGAGGGAGUGCAGGAGGACGUGACAGUGGCAAGCAGUGUUGCAGUGCAAGGCCAUGCACCUGUCUCCAACUCUGCUGCUGCUGCUGCUGCUGCUGCUGCUGCUGCGGAUGGGGAUGCGCAGCCAGGGGGCUUUGCGGGACUGGCAGGGCAGUGGCAGGAGCAAAUCGCCCUGCCAAGUGAUGUUCUCCCAGGAAGCGCCCAGCUGAACGUCACUGCAGGAGUGGGCCGCCUGCCAGCAGUGCUACAGCUCUCCUCCUCGCUCCUCCACUUCAACACCUGGGCCGACCAGCCCUACCCCUCCGCCACACACCUCCUCUGGUUCCUCCUCCCCUCCGCACUCCUCCACCAAUACGAUUCCGCCACUUCGCCCUCCUCCGCGGCUCAGUCUGCGUGGUCGUCUUUCAAGUCGCUAUUUUCAGCAGCAGCAGGUGCUGCUGGUGCGGGCGGUGCGGGAGGAGGGAGCGCAGUGUUGAGUGAAGCGAGGAGUGCGGAUGCGUUAGCUCGUGCACGCCUGCAAUCCUACACGCUGCAGUGCUGCGGCCUCGUGGACGAUCCCUUCUCACCUACCCCCAACCGAUACACCGAUAUCCCUCUCAACGCCUACGGCAUCAUGGUUUCCCGCUACCUCUCCCUUUUGAACUCAUCCCCCAUCCCCCAAUCUGGCGAAGUGAUUCCCGGAGAACCCAGGCCUGCUGCUGCUGUGGCUCGAGCUGUUCCCGCUGAUGACCCAGCAGAGGAGGAGAGGGAGGAAGAAGAGGAGGAGGGCGACGAGGGGGAGUCAGCAGCUACUGCUGAGUCCUUGGAGGGAGGAGAGGCGGGAGAGGCGGGAGAAGCAGGGGGUGUGGCGAGCAGUGUGAUUGGAACGGUGGGAUUUGAGGGGCAGGCAGGGAGGGGAUGGGAAGGCCAGGAGGCUGCUCUUGGGGGAGCCGUUAUUGGCAAACCAGCAUUUGAAGGGGAGGUGGGAGGGGUAACCGGAGGGGGAAUGGCAGGGGCGAUAGGCGGCGUGGAGAUGGGAGGGGCGGUGGGUGUGGAGAUUGGAAGAGCUAUGCCAGAACCAGCGUGGGUUGCGCCAGAGGAGGGCGUUGGUUCAUCACCGUCGUCUCGCCGCCUGCUCUAUUUUGACUGGGAGCUCGUUCCUUACCUCUGGCUGGGCCUCGGCACGUCCCCGCCUUCGCUUGCUCGAGCUGCGCGCGUCUCCCCGCUCCUCUUCACGUCCCUCAAGCACCGCUUUGCCAGCCUCUCUCCUCUCGGCAAGCUCUGCGCAGCACUGGCCUUUGUUCUCGAAGCAAAAGAAGGAAACCAAGACCCUGCUGCUCUCCUUCGAAGCAGCAGCAGCAGCAGCAGCAGCGGGGGGCACGGAGUGGCAGAAUCAGAAGCAGCAGAGGCGGUGGGGUUGGCGGUGACAUGGACGCUCAACAGCAUGAGGGUGCUGGGUCGCACGGCGUAUGUCACUGCUGCUGCUGGCUCUCCUUUCUCAGCCGGGGGAACUGCUAAUGCGCUCGCUCUGCUGCUUCUCGUGGAGACGGGCUGUGACUCGCCCCUGGUUGAAAAGCUAGCCAACCACGUAGCCGGCACGGACCGUGCAUCGGCAACAGCCUAUGGCGCAUGGGCGGAGAACGCUCUCUCUGCGCUCGCCCUCACGCGCUACGACAUGCAGCGCGGCAGCACGGCCCCGCACCUCGCCCUCACUGUCUCCUCUGGACCUGUCUCCACCGCCUCUGCUGCUGCUGGUUCUGUUGGUUCUGCUGGUUCUGCUGACUCUGCUGACUCUGCUGGGAGGGGGGAAGCAGCUAGUGGCAGUGCGACCACCAUUCUCUCGCACGUGUUCUCUCCAACAGGGCUUGAUGCGCAAUCAGCAGCCACAGCAGCAGGAGCAGCAGCAGGAGCGGGAGGGGGAGCAGCCGUUGUGUCUGCGUCUGUGCCGUGGGCCACUGCUGCUGGCCAUGUGCCUUCCUCUCUGCUCAUUGACGCACAGGGCACAGGCGAGGUGUCAGUAUCAGUGGCACUGUCGUUCAUACCAGGCAGCAUCCUCCCCUUCCCCACAUACCGAGGCCUCUAUGUCGAGAAGAUGUUCGCCUUCAAAGCUGCAGGUGCUGAGGCUGGUGCUGCCACGGACACAACGUCUCCGUUGCUGCAAAUGCCAUCCUCCACACCCACUUCCUCUGCGCCAGUGGGAGUGGUGGUGACGGUGACCAUCCAGGUGACAACACCAGAUGAUGUGCGCAACCUCGUCAUCCUCGACCUCCUUCCUGCCGGCCUCGAACCCCUCGACCCGGACCUGCCCUCGCAACGGCAAACCACCCCUGACAGCAACCCCACGUCCCUCUGGUCCCUCUGGUGGUCCCCCUGGCACUCGCGCACCACACGCCCCUCCCACGUGCGCUUCGCCUUCCCUUUUCUCCCCGCCGGCACGCACACCGUCUCCUACCAAGCCAUGGCAGUCACCUCAGGGGCGUUCGCCCUCCCCCCCGCCAAGGCGUUUCUACAGGAGCAGCCUGAGAGGGAGCCAGAGGAGGCAAGGGAGGGGAGGAGGAAGCUGCUGGCUGUGCCGAAGCUGUGUCCCAACGACUGCAGUGGGUCGGGCACAUGCAACGUGGCAACCGGCACGUGCAUCUGUGAUCGCCUCUUUACCUCCGCAGACUGCUCUCUCUUCACAGGCACCACAGCAGGCAGCACCACAGGCAGCAGCCACCAGCAGGGGCAGGCACAGGGCCAGAAGCAAGGACGGUGGGAAGAGAUGCAAGAGAGCACGGACGGGGGCAACACGCAUGGAGGCGCUGGUGCAAGCAGCAGCGGCAGCAGCAGGGAUGGGUUUGGAGGAGAGGGGACAGGGAGGGACUUCUCAGAUCUGGUUCAUCUGACGGUGCCCUCUUCGUCUGUGUUGGCGGUGGCGGCGGCUCUCACGCUCUUGCCUCUCGUGCUGCUGCUGCUCUCGUCCCGUCUCCGCCUGCGCUCCCUUGCUGCCCGCCUUGCUGGCUACCGGACUGUACAAACAGAGCAUGGAGCGAGUGAGCUCAGCACAACAGCAUCAGGCUCAGGUGCACAUGGGCAGGGAGGGGAAGGUACACCAAUGCUGCGGGCAGAGGAAGAUUCUGAAUGA